CCUGGGAGCCGGCUCGGUUCGGAGCCGAGAGCUGUGCGUUCGGGCAUGCCCCGCUACGAGCUGGCUUUGAUCCUGAAAGCCAUGCAGCGGGGUUGGUACAGUAGGCUUCACUAGACUUAGCUGCAACUCAGAAUUUCUCCUCCAGCACCUGAGUAAAUGCUGAUGGUCUUGUGGAGAGUGGAUUAAGAGUACGAGCUAAGUUCUCAAUCCCAAUUAAGAAGCGGAGGAAAAUUUAAACUGUCUCCUUCAAAGUUUAUCACAACCGCCACCAUCAAGACAGCAAACCAAAGGACAAAGACUUUGACCUGCUGUGUUGCUCUGUGUAGUCCAGUUCACGUAUGGUUUACAGACUUGGCUGGGGUUACUAAUGAGUAAAUAAAAAGUUGGACACUUCUGUCAUUGGACACUUUUAUUCACAAAGUUACCAAAAUGAGGGCUGUACUGGAGACAGCAGACAUUGCCAUAGUGGCCCUGUAUUUUAUCCUGGUCAUGUGCAUUGGUUUUUUUGCCAUGUGGAAAUCUAAUAGAAGCACUGUAAGUGGAUACUUCCUGGCGGGGCGCUCUAUGACCUGGGUAGCAAUUGGUGCCUCUCUGUUUGUGAGCAAUAUUGGGAGUGAGCACUUCAUUGGGCUGGCAGGCUCUGGAGCUGCAAGUGGAUUUGCAGUGGGCGCAUGGGAAUUCAAUGCCUUACUGCUUUUGCAACUUCUGGGAUGGGUUUUCAUCCCGAUUUACAUCCGGUCAGGGGUAUACACCAUGCCUGAAUACUUGUCCAAGCGAUUUGGUGGCCAUAGGAUUCAGGUCUAUUUCGCAGCGUUGUCUCUGAUUCUCUAUAUCUUCACCAAGCUCUCAGUGGAUCUGUAUUCGGGUGCCCUCUUUAUCCAGGAGUCUUUGGGUUGGAACCUUUAUGUGUCUGUCAUCCUACUCAUUGGCAUGACUGCUUUGCUGACUGUCACCGGAGGCCUUGUUGCAGUGAUCUACACAGACACUCUACAGGCUCUGCUCAUGAUCAUUGGGGCACUCACACUUAUGAUUAUUAGCAUGAUGGAGAUUGGCGGGUUUGAGGAAGUUAAGAGAAGGUACAUGUUGGCCUCACCCAAUGUCACUUCCAUCUUGUUGACAUACAACCUUUCCAACACAAAUUCUUGUAAUGUCCACCCUAAGAAAGAUGCACUGAAAAUGUUGCGGAAUCCAACAGAUGAAGAUGUUCCUUGGCCUGGAUUCAUUCUUGGGCAGACCCCAGCUUCGGUGUGGUACUGGUGUGCUGACCAAGUCAUCGUGCAGAGGGUCCUAGCGGCUAAAAACAUUGCUCAUGCCAAAGGCUCUACUCUGAUGGCUGGCUUCUUGAAGCUUCUGCCAAUGUUUAUCAUAGUUGUCCCAGGAAUGAUUUCCAGGAUACUGUUUGCUGAUGAUAUAGCUUGCAUCAACCCAGAGCACUGCAUGCAAGUCUGUGGAAGCAGAGCUGGGUGCUCUAACAUUGCUUACCCACGCCUGGUGAUGAAGCUGGUUCCUGUGGGCCUCCGGGGCUUAAUGAUGGCAGUGAUGAUUGCAGCUCUGAUGAGUGACUUGGACUCUAUCUUUAACAGUGCCAGUACCAUAUUCACCCUCGAUGUGUACAAACUCAUCCGCAAGAGCGCAAGCUCCCGGGAACUAAUGAUUGUGGGGAGGAUAUUUGUGGCUUUUAUGGUAGUGAUCAGCAUUGCAUGGGUGCCCAUCAUCGUGGAGAUGCAAGGAGGCCAGAUGUACCUUUACAUUCAGGAGGUAGCAGAUUACCUGACGCCCCCAGUUGCAGCCCUGUUCCUUCUGGCGAUUUUCUGGAAGCGUUGCAAUGAACAAGGGGCUUUCUAUGGUGGAAUGGCUGGCUUUGUUCUUGGAGCAGUCCGUUUGACACUGGCCUUUGCCUACCGUGCCCCAGAAUGUGACCAACCUGAUAACAGGCCAGGCUUCAUCAAAGACAUCCAUUACAUGUACGUGGCCACAGCGUUGUUUUGGGUCACAGGACUCAUUACUGUAAUUGUUAGCCUUCUCACGCCACCUCCUACGAAGGAACAGAUUCGUACCACCACCUUUUGGUCUAAGAAGAGCCUGGUGGUAAAGGAGAGCUGCUCCCCAAAAGAAGAACCAUACAAAAUGCAAGAGAAGAGCAUCCUGAGGUGCAGUGAGAAUAGUGAGGCUGUCAACCACGUCAUUCCCAAUGGGAAAUCUGAAGAUAGCAUUAAGGGCCUGCAGCCUGAAGAUGUUAAUCUGUUGGUGACCUGCAGAGAGGAGGGCAACCCAGUGGCUUCUUUAGGUCAUUCAGAGGCAGAAACACCUGUAGAUGCUUAUUCCAAUGGGCAAGCAGCUCUCAUGGGUGAGAAAGAGAGAAAGAAAGAAACAGAGGAUGGAGGCCAGUACUGGAAGUUCAUAGAUUGGUUCUGUGGCUUUAAAAGUAAGAGCCUCAGCAAGAGGAGUCUCAGAGACCUGAUGGAGGAGGAGGCUGUUUGUUUACAAAUGUUGGAAGAAACUCCACAAGUUAAACUAAUACUGAAUAUUGGACUUUUUGCUGUGUGUUCACUUGGAAUUUUCAUGUUUGUUUAUUUCUCCUUAUGAACUUUUAAGGAUAUGAUGAGACACUAACUUAAGAAAAUACUGGUCUUUGAAAAAAAACAAAA